UUUCGCGCGAAACUUUGAAGGCGGAAGUUAAGCGUGGAGUCAUUUUGGUUUAGUUUGAUAAACGAUGAGUAAAAAAGACAACGGUGCGUCGCUCAUCCUCGCCUAUCUGAACGAGAAGAACCGGCCUUACAGCGCUCAGGAUGUGUUUUGUAACCUACAGAAGCAGCAUGGCUUGGGCAAAACUGCCGUGGUCAAAGCCAUGGAGGUUCUGGCUUUAGAGGGCAAGGUAAAGGAGAAAACGUAUGGCAAGCAAAAGAUUUAUUUUGCUGAUCAGGCUCAGUUCAAAGAUGUAAACGAUGCAGACCUGAAGGCGAUGGACUGUCAGAUCUCAGAGCUCAGUGCGGAGGCCCAGUCAUUCACACAGAGCUGCAGACAGUUAGAAGCAGAGCUGAAGGAGCUCAACAGCUCGUUGACAACAGAGGAAAUGGUGUCAGAGAUCCAGCAGCUGAAAAGCGAGUGUUGUGGUCAGAGAACGCGCCUGGAGAAGAUAAAGUCGGCCACAAAUCACGUCACACCUGAGGAGAAGGAAAAGGUUUACAAAGAGAGGACUGUUUAUGUGAAAGAGUGGAAAAAGAGGAAGAGAUUGGCUUCAGACAUGAUGAAUUCCAUCCUGGAGGGAUAUCCAAAGAGCAAAAAGGAGUUCCUGGAGGAGGCCGGAUUAGAGACCGACGAGGACUAUAAGGUGGACGUCCCAAGUACUUGAAAGAACAAGAAAAAAAACGCUUGUUCAGGUACUUGGUCCAAAUGUUCACCUGUAGGUUACAAACACAUCAUAGCGGUCUGAGCCACAACACGUUAUAUUAUAGCCCUUCUUUUGAAAUGAAUAGUUAAUAAUUUGAAUGGAAGCACUGACGCAUGUCCUACAUUACAGGUUUAUAUUGUUUCACAGGUGUAUAUUGAUAUAUUGUUAUAUCGUUACGUGUUUAAGUUAAUUUUUCUGUCAUGUUUUUUGACGAAUGUAUAUAUGAAAGACUCAUGCUGUAAUAAAGCAUUAAUGGUUUGCGAUGAGAUUUUUUAAAUUUAAACAAUUGUGACGCAAACAUUCGGGUGGAAUGUCUUCAACAGCACAACGUAACUCGUACGUUAUGGUCAGUUGUUUUAGGCUGAAUUAAAGCUGCUGUCGGUGAUAGAUUAUCAAUAUUCUGAUAAUCAGGAGAAACUUUUGACCGUCAAUAAAUGUCCCCCUCCAACCAAACAUGUUUGUAAUGUAAUGCUGGGACGACGGGGGGAAUGGUCAGGAAGUCGGGCAGCAGUGGUAGUCACUGAUGGCAGCUUCCUGUCAUCUGGUAAAAAUAGACAUUCAGUUAAAAUGUAUUUGUUUCAAGUUCUAGUGGAUGAGUAAUCGCAUGAAAUCAUCGUAAUUUCAAA